GUCUGGUCUAUCUUUACUCCUCUUGCCGCAGAAACCAAGGCUAUCAACCUUGGUCAAGGUUUCAUGAACUUUGGUCCUCCUGCAUUUGUUCAGGAAGCUGCCAAACAUGCUAUCGAUCAAGUCGAGUCAAACCAAUACAGUCAUCCUCGUGGACGUAUCAGACUGAGAAAUGCCUUGGCUGCUUCAUACAGCCCAGAAUUUGGUCGUGAGCUUAACCCUGAGACAGAGAUUAUUGUCACUGCUGGUGCUAAUGAAGCAAUCUUUGCUACCUUUGCCGGAUUUUUGGAUGAGGGUUCAGAAGUUAUCUGCAUGGAGCCAUUCUUUGAUCAGUAUAUUCCCAACAUUACCAUGAAUGGAGGAAAGCCCGUUUACGUGCCCCUCAGAGCACCUGCAGACUCAUCCGAGAGAACUGUCUCAUCACAUGAAUGGCGUUUGGAUAUCGACGAACUUCGAUCAAAGAUCACAUCCAAGACAAAGAUUAUUAUCAUCAAUACCCCUCACAACCCAAUUGGUAAGGUCUUUGACGAAGAAGAGUUGAUGGCCAUUGGUAAGGUUGCAGAAGAGCACGAUUUGAUUAUCUUGACAGACGAAGUGUACGAUCGUCUGUACUACCCUCCUCUCAAAAAGUUCCCUCGUAUUGCCAGCUUGGCUAACUUCUGGGAACGCACCAUCACUGUUGGUUCUGGUGGAAAGAGUUUUGCGGCCACUGGAUGGCGUGUGGGAUGGUUGAUCGGACCCGAGCACCUGGUGAAGUACUCCUUUGCUGCCCAGACCCGUGUGGUGUUUUGUGUAAACUCUCCUUGUCAGGAAGCCAUCGCAGCUGGACUUGAGGCUUCGCUUGUCAAGCCCAUAUUCCAGGAACAGACAGACGAGUACCUGAAGAAACGUGGGAUUCUGUCGGCCGUGUUUGACAAACUCAAAUUGCCUUACACUGUGCCCGAGGGAGCCUACUUUAUCCUUGUCAAUACCGCAAAGAUCAGCUACCCCAAGGACUACAAGUUCCCAGAGCUGCUCGACAGCCGUGGCGAGGACUUUAAGAUGUGUUACUGGCUCACAAAGGAAAUCGGUGUCUGUUCCAUUCCCCCCUCUGAGUUUUAUGUCAAGGAACACUGGCCGUUGGCAAAGGAUUUUGCUCGUUUUGCGUUCUGCAAGACAGACGAUGUUCUCAAUGAGGCUGUCAAGCGUCUAGAGAAACUUGAGCAAUACAUUAAAAAAUAGACUUUCUUUUCUUUUUAUAUUUAUAUAAUAUAUAUAUAUAUAUAUAUAUACAUGUACAUGUACAUGUACAUAAAUACAUAAUCAAAAAGAAGGCUAAGAAGAGCAAGAAGGAAUCACUGUGCAAUUGUUGUUGUUGUUGUUGUUUUUAUUUAUUUAUUUAUUUAUUUAUUUAUUAAAAUUAUCAUAGAACAAGAUGAUUACUUGUUGUGGUUUUGUUGGUGUACAAUUUGAUUUGUGUUUUCUUUACGCAAAUGAGGUUGUUGAUAUAUAUAUAUAUAAAUUUCUUUCUUUAAUGACCAGAGAGAAGAGGGGUUCGUUCACCCAACUGAUUUGUCCAACGACCAAAUCGAUUGUUGACACGGUCAAGCCAGUCUGGAAUCAGAGUACGGGCCACAGCACUGAUGAGAAUACCCACAAUCACAAGAGCAGUAGUAUGAGCAGUCUCGGUUAAAAAGACAGCAGCGCCCAAAAGAAUCCAUGCAGUAGUCAAGGCCCAGACCCAGUCUUUGCGAUGCGAGUAGUCCACAAGAUGAAGAGCCACAAAUCCAAUAGCUACUAGGAUUGCAAUGUGUGCCAGAGCAUGUCCCUUUGUAGAGUCACUGAGCUGGAAUAUUUGCCAGAGAGUGACAAACAGAGUAUAUGCUGUGUAGAUUGAAAAGGGUGCAUUCAAAAAUGCCAAGUCGGUCUGGUUGCGAGGAGGGUAAUCACGCAGACGGUGAUAGAUGAACAACAGGGCGGCAAGCUGCCACAACAGACUGAUAAAAGCAAAUAAAUCAAGGUGGAAGAGCCAGAGAAGAGAAGCGCUUGCGUUGAGAACUGAAAUCAAAAGAUACCAGUAGCUGAUAGCCUCCAAGACAUCUUUGGGUGCUUUUGGUGUCCACUGGUAGAUGGAUAAUCCAAUUAAAAGAAGCUCAAGAACACCAGCAAGGAUAAUAGCAAAGUCUCGAGGUUGGAAUCCUGGUGUAUGGCCGAGAAACCAGCUUGAAUAACUGAACCCUUGAGUUACUAUGAGGAUCAAGGUAGCUAAUGUAUUUGACACCUUGAUCUUAAUAUCGAGAUUCGCC